AUGAAGUCGUACAUCUCGCGGCUGAAGAGAGGCGGAGCCCGGGGGGAGACGGAGGAGGGAUUCGCCGCCCUGGUGCUCUCGGAACUCGAGAAGGUGAACGAGUUCGCAAGGGUUAUCCUGGGCAAGGCCCUCCAGCUGAUCACCCAGCUGGAGGAGAAUACACCCGCCGGCGCCACCCUCGAGCGCAUGAGCAACCAGGUGUCCAAGGAGAUCACGGUCUUCGAUGCCUUCACGGACCUCAACAGCAACGCCGUUCGGAAGGCCGUGAAGAAGUACCGGAAGAGGACCGGACAGUCGACCCUGUGGUUCGACGUCAUACACGGGGAGCAGUUUAUCUUCCUGUCCCGCAGGAUAGUGCACCCCUUGCUCGUGCACUUCAGCCGCGUCUACUGGGCGUGCAAGGAGGCGGAAGUGCCCAAGGUUCCGUGGAACCCGCCGGCAUCGUUCGAGAGGUCCACCAACAAGUUCUGGGUGCACCCGCACAAGGUUGCGGAGGUGAAGGCGAUGCUCCUGCGGCACUUGCCCAUCCUGGAGCUGCACACCCCUACCCCCCCGCCGACGAUCGACUUCUUCGAGAACCUGGAUGCCUACAGCAUGACCCCCGGGGCCAUCACGUCGCUGUACUUCGACUGCCCCAACAACAACCUCCCUCUGUACCACGACCGCGUGGUGCUUAAGGAGGGCGCGAAUCUGCUCCGCAUUCGCUGGUACGGGCGCCCCCAGCUGGACCACGCCGUGCUGCAGGGGGGCCCGCGGGACACGCAACCCCCCCCCCACCUCAAGGACUCGGAGUGCGCCUUCGUGGAGCUCAAGACGCACCACGAGGCCUGGACGGGGGACAAGAGCGUCAAACGCCGCUUCAAGAUACGGAACUCCGAGCUCACGGGGUUCUUCGAGGGAAAGAAGUCCGCCAUGAUCGAGCUGGACGAGGCGGAGGUGGCACAGCUCCCUUCCCUCCGCGCCGGCGUGCCCGGUGAGGGGGGGGGGGUGGAGUCCAAGUCCAAGGAAGACACGGGGCCCCCCGUAGACGCGAAGACGGCCAAGACUCGGAAGGCGCUCAUCGAGAAGCUGGCCCUCGCGCAGGAGGUGCAGCGGCUGGUGAUGGGGAAGAGGAUACGACCGCUGCUCGUCACGGAGGUGCACCGUACGGCCUUCCAGCUGUCCUCGAGCAACGAGGUCCGGGUCACGCUCGACUCUCCCCUCGUCGGGUUUGCGAUGCCGCCGCCGGAGGCGUUGGGCCAGCGGGGGUCGGGCGCCAACGCCCCCCUGGCCGACCAGUUCUUCUGGGACUCGUUCCUGAGCCGCGGGCUGUCGCAGCCUGCCCAGGGCCAGGAGGAUCACAAGCCGUUCCCGUUCGCUGUUCUCGAGCUGAAGCUCCAGGGAGACCCGCCACCGUGGGUAGCUGGCCUGACGAAGGCGUGGACGGACUGCGGCUACAUGAGGUGCAUCGAAAAAUACUCCAAGUACCAGCACAUCGUCAACCACGCCAUCGCCCGGAACCCCAACUUGCUCGCGGUGUCUGGCCCCGGCAAUUCGUCCUCCUCCUCUCUGGGUUCGGUGCCGGAGGAUGCUCUGGACUCUUCUUCCAGGCCUCCACGAAAGGGAACCCGGGGCACUUUCGGGAGCAGGCCGAAGGUGGACGACAAGCCGCGAUCGAAGUCGAAGAGGGCGGUGGGCGUGCCCGAGUGGUAUCGGGUCAAGGUCCGAAAGGUGCCCCUCUGGUUCACCGCCCUGGAAACCCACGGACCUUUCCCAGGACCGCCACCCGACCACAACCCCCACGCCUACCUGGCGGAAGAAAUAGGCGGGGGGUUCCCCCCCUACGGCGGCGGGGGCGCCGGCUAUUCACCCCCCUCGGUGUACGGUGGUAACAACUUCGGCGGGAGCAGGCCGGGGCACGCACCGUCUCCCCCCUCCAGGGCGGGGGGGGGGGGGGACCCCCGGGGGGGCCCCCGAAU